AUGGCAACUGGUCUCGAGCCGUUCCUCAACAUCGGCAGCGAUACGUACCACAUAUUGCUCGACCCGAAAGCCAGCAGCUUGCCACCUGCCCUCAUCCCGAAACUUCGACGAUUUAAAGAGGAGUUUGUACCCGCUACUGUCGUAGAAUGGACGCCGUCGAUCUUCACUCCAGCCGAUCUGAGAGCAACCUGCAGGUACUUCGCAAGCACUGACAACGUCUGGAGUCCUGAUUUCUUGUCGCUAAUCAUCUUGUUGCAACCACCUACCGUGCGAGGCGGUUUCAAGAAAAAGCGGAUAUUUUCCAUCGACAAAUCUAGGCAUGAUCUCGCCGAAGGCCCAUACGUCGUCCUCAAAGCGACAGGUCAAAUAUUUCCCGUCUCCAAGCUUGUCCCGGACCCGCAGCAGGCAUUUGUGAGUGGCAUCUAUCGAAAAUCCGCUUCUGGAACGACAUGGUGCGAGCUUCCUAAAUCGCCAGUUUUGAUACCUAUACCUUCCAAGCUAUAUCGCGGCUAUAGCGACAAACCUUUGGCAGGCCUGAGGUUUGCAGUCAAAGACACUAUUGCCAUCAAAGGCUUAACGACCGGGUUCGGCAACAAAGCCUGGGCCGACAUAUACCCUGUGGAGAGAACAACGGCUCCGGUAGUCAGACUACUCCUCGAAGCAGGCGCUGUGCUAGUAGGAAAGCUCAAAACCACCGAGUUCGCCGAAGGAGUUGACCCGUGCGAAUGGAUAGAUGAUGUCUGCCCUUUCAAUCCUCGCGGUGACGGGCGGCAAAAGCCCUCUUCCUCCAGCACUGGCAGCGCCGUAGCCGCUGCAUCCUACGACUGGCUAGACUUCACGGUCGGCACCGACACAGGCGGGUCUAUUAGGCAUCCCGCCGGAGUGAACGGCGUGUUCGGCCAGCGCCCUUCCUGUGGGUUGGUUAGUCUCGAAGGCAUCCUCGGUGCCACCGACCUGUUCAACACGGUCGGCAUCUUCGCCAGAGAGAUCGACAUCUUCACCCGCGUCGGGUCAUUCAUAGUCAGUCGAGGGAAGCCUCCAUCGUGCGUGGCAGAAAAGCGUAGGUACAACCUUCUUUAUCCAACUCGAGCCGCACAAACCGACAACCCCGAUCCUCAUCAUCACGGCCAGCAUCGAUGGUUUCCGCACCCUUCCGUCGACCCAAAGUACUGGUCCGAAGCGGAGAAGCAAAUCGACGCCACCUUGUGCAAGUUCGAAACUCACUUUGACUGCGAAAGAAUUCCCUUCAACAUCAACGACCUCUGGAGGGCGACGCCGCCAAUUGGCCAGUCGAGGUCCCUCGACGAAUCUGUCGGCCCCAUCUACUCGGCCAUCACCACGGCCUCGGCAGUGGCAUGCGGCUGGGACCACUUCAUCAACGCGUAUCGGGCCAAACACGGCAAGCCGCCCAAGAUGUCGAACCUGGUCAGCCGGCGACUGGACCACGGCCGGAACGUGCGAGCAGAGGACCUCUCCAACGCCCUGCAAGCCAUGCAGGCCUUCAAGCUCUGGGUUGAGACCACUCUCUUCGGAUCCUACGACCAAGACGCAACCACGUUGCUGAUCUUUCCCCAAUCAUGCGGGCGACCGGAUUAUCGGGACGACGUGGCCGACCGGAGCGAGCUCUUCAACGACACAUUCAGCAUCUAUUCGUUCGGCCACCUGGUCGGUUGUCCGGACUAUACCAUCCCUGUGGCGGAAACGACGUACGUCUCCAGAAUCACGAACCAGACAGAGCACAUCCCCGUGUCGAUCAGUCUUGUCGGCCGGCCCGGUUCUGACCUUGAGCUCUUCAACGUGGUGCGCCAAAUGCGUGACGCUGGGAUGAUCUUCGACGUUGCCACAGGGUCACGGAUGUAUUCCGAGCGACGUAUCGAUGCUGUUGGCACAGAAAUACAUCAACCGAAUUGA